CAAAAGGAGGCGCACCUCGCUCGGUCAGCGUCAGUGUCGUCCGUCCCGGCGUGACCAGCGCAUCUAUCUGGUCACCAGCGGCGGCUGACCUGACCUGACCCGACCGGCGCCGUCUCACACCGCUGCACAGAUGCCUGGUCUCCCGUCGAUUCUUCUGUUCGUCGUGGCGACGGUAGCCAGCGGCGAGGAAGGCCUCGUUCGAACAGUGCCACAAUCACGCGAAUCGCUUCAACUGUCAGCGGAUGAGCCGAUACCAUCUUCACUGCUGACAGAAUACCAGCGCCUCUGGCGGCGGCCCGAGGAAGCUAGCCGACCGGCGGCGGCGCCUCAGGGCCUAUUCAGCCCCUGGUGGGUAGGCCGACCCGCCACACUCAGCAGCGAGAAACAAGCUCGGAGGUCGGGCGGCGGCGCUAGAGAAGCCAAUUAUCUCGCCACGCGCCCCAGGCGAACGGAACAUCAGGGCGAAAUCGACUCGGAAAACCAGGGUGAAACCGACUUCUUUGUGUUCGUCUGUGGAUCAGAGCUGACUGACCUAAUUGAAAACGCCUGCCACUUCCGUAGACGUCGAGACGGGCGCGCCGUCGCUAACGCCAUACUCACGCGUUUGCGUCACGCUGGCGAGAGGAUAGUCGACGCCUGCUGCCGCAGAAGCUGCCGGCUUUCCGAGCUGCGGGCCUUCAUCACAUCGACCUGUGAAGUAUCUCUGGAUGAUCUCCACCGACACGCAGCAAGGUUCAGGAUUUCGACUUCUAACCCUGAACAGCCAGAGGCGCCGGUCACAGAAAGGACGGUCGUAGUCACGGCUGGCACGCCCCCUGUACACCUGCCGGUAUUUGAGGACCCCGGUCCUCUCAUUGAUGGAUUCCAGAAGCGCGCCAGUUAUCCCGACGCCCUGGCCUGGGAAAAGGACCGUGAUAUGACCAGCUUCUUGGUGGUCUGACUGACACUACGGUGCCCAUAAGCCGUCGAACUUCAAGAAGGCCCAUUCCUUUUGUGUUCUUAUGUCUUUCAUCGUGCAUUCCUUAGGCGCAUUAGUGCGCUGAGCUGUGAUUGCGUAUUUCAUGCAUACGCUGGUCUGUGAUUAGGGCGUAAAUAUUUGCACGAUGGGGGCGUAAAUAUUUUUGCAAUACAGUAAAAACGAACUCUGCCUUUUUCCUGUUUGAAGAUGUCAGCACUCAGAAGACGUGACGAUGGGCAGACACGGUGCGUGCCACGGUAUGUAGAGAACUGAGCAUGCGGUAUUUCUGGAAACCGAAU